UGUUAUCAGUAUAAAAGACACCUGUCCACAACCUCAAACAGUCACACUCUACUCCACUAUUGUUUUUCACGUUGAUUCAAUGUCAUAACAUAGAUUUUGGGGGGGUUGAAAUGACAUGGAACAAUGUUGAUUCAACCAGUUUUUGCCCAGUGGGUGUUAUUGCAAAAUGGUAUUGUGGUAUUGUUGUGACUUUUUUUUCUCUCUAAAAAUCAGAAGUAUGUGACAGUAAUUUCAGCGAAAUAGAUGUUUUAUGAUGACAUCAGUACUUCUCCACAACCACCCAGUCUUCAAUAAGAAGAAUUUGCCCGGCCACUGCUGGUCAGAUAACACACAGCUGUUGGUACUACGUUCUUGAAUCAAAGAUUGUAUUGAUUAUAUAUUUUCUGGAAUACAACUCUCUUUCCUACAGGGCUAAAGCCACUAUGCACUGUCAAUACAUUCUACAGUUAUCUCUGUUAACUCUACUCUCCCUGCCAGGCACACUGGCACACACCUGGUCUGUCUGGUACCGUGACAGGGACAGGAUUACCGUUAUCUGUGCAUCAAAAGGCUCAUCAGUGGUAUUUGACUGUAUAUACAGCUACCCAGCUGACAAAAAAGUUGGAAGAAAGAUAUGGUUCACUCCGAGAGGCGAUACAAAACUAGAUGGCUCACAGCAAGGAGAUGGAGUGUUUAACACAUCUGGACUGACUAAUAAAUCAAGAUACAGUGGAAGAACAGAGUUUUAUGACCAAGACAAUAACUGCACACUGAAACUCAACAAUGUGACUGAAGAUGACAGUGGCAGAUUCUUCUUCAGAUUUGAGGCAAAUAAACAUCAUCAGACCCCUCAGAGAUUUACAGGAUCGUUGGGUGUGGCCCUGACAAUACCAGUCUUAUCCCUAAAGUUAAAUGAAAAUGGCCCCGUUAAGGAGCGAGACCACGUCACCUUGGCCUGCACCUCCACCUGUAACCCACCUCAAAUGGAGUUCCUCUGGUUUAAAGAUGGCCGCCCACUUCCUGGUGUCUCUGGUGUCCAUGGUGGGCAGUGUCCCCUAGGUCCACUUUCCCCUAAUGACACUGGGAGCUACUCCUGUGGUCUGGGGCAAGGCACAUCUACACCAAUACUGCUGGAUGUGAGAUAUGCUCCAAGGAACGUUUCUGUUGAGGUCAGCUCGAGUCCCGAGGUAGUGAAAGGCAGUCGUCUGACUCUGACCUGCAGCAAUAACGCCAACCCUGCAGCAGAGACCUACACCUGGUUUCAGAGGACAGGAACGCUAACUUCACUAAGAUUAGGGAUGGGGAAAGAACACACCUUCCACAAAAUAGAUUCUGAUGACAGUGGACUGUACUUCUGUAUGGCCCAGAAUGCCAUUGGAUCACAGAACUCUACAGAACAUGAGGUGAAAGUUAAAGAAUCAGCCCAUUUAAUGAUGGUCCUGGCAGCAUUUGGGGCUCUCUUCCUUGUCACAGCAGUGAUCGUGGUGCUCUUCAUUUACAUAAAAAGACGGAAGUUGAAUACGCGCGAGAAGAAGGUUCCAACCAAACCAUUCCCCCAAUUACAGAAAGCAACCUUGUCUAGACCAGAGGACAUCUAUGAAAACGUGAAAUGGUCAGCCAAGCCGAUCACUGAUCCUGAUGACAUGAACUACGCAGAGCUCAAUAUCAGGCCUGCUCCUUCACCCAGGAUGCAGCGGAAUAACAAGGCAGAAGAUGACGAUGCAGUUAUCUACAGACAACUGCAAACACACUGAGGUGGUCAGAGAACUUUGAUAUCUAGACCUCAAGGCCUACAGUAUGGUAAACUCAAGAAAAGUGAAUGAAAAAAAGUAUGUUAAGUGACAUUUUUUAAAUAGCAAAAUACAAGCUGUUAUACUGUAUGUGUAUGUACUAACAAUGUACAGUGUACAAUAUACAAAAUAAACAGUAAAAAAAGUGGAUAAUUAUACAAAUACAAACAUAAAAUUAUUACAUACAUAACAUAACAACAGAUUAUUAAAAAAUAAGCAUAUCAUAUUGCUCUGUAAUAUAUGAGCUCUGUAUAUUUCUCAUGAUUACAACACUUAAAGAGAUGUAAUUUUGUCACGUCGUUAUUUGUUAACGUGAUUAUGCUGUAUAUUCAAUGUGGAAUCAUGUUAAUAUGUUAGGAUAAACUGUCCUUAUCAAAUAAUGAUAUGUCACUUACAGAUUGUUUGCAGAUUAAAGUUAAUAUAAACUUCAAUAAA